AUGGACAGAAUAUCCGAUUUGCCACGAGACAUCUUGCAGAGAAUACUUUAUUUCGUGUCCCAAGAAGACGCUGUUCGAACAUCUGUCUUGUCCAAAUCAUGGCGUUACACGUGGCGUAUUCGCCCCAAUCUUGAUUUUUCAGAAUCCACCUUCAAAGGAGACAAACGAGAGUUUCUAUCCUUUGUGGACAACACUUUGCAACAGUAUCGUGAUCAAAGGCUGUGCUUGGAUGAAUUUCACCUUCGUAUAUCUCUAGACGAUUAUCUCGAAUACGAAUCGGCUUCGCUUCUCGAGGAAUGGAUCCCGAUACUGACAACUAUGGGUGUGAAGGAGUCUCGUCUCUCUAUUUGUACGGUAGAUCACAACGAUAUGCCCUCUGUAGUUUUUCAAGCCGAAUCGCUCCAACAAUUGCACGUGGAAGGAUUCGGUAUGGACCGAGACGCUGUUCCGACGAUAAUACUCUCUAAGCAUCUGAAAAAACUUCGUCUCCGAAGAGUCCACAUCGAGGGGAAGAUAUUUCAGGAGAUAUUAUCGAGCUGUCCGUUGAUUGAAACUAUGCAUGUCGAAAAAUGUGGGGGGUUACGAAACAUCAAGGCGAAUAAUCUUCGUCGUCUCAAGGACUUCUCCUUUGAAGGACAUAAUGACUUGGAAGAUUGUAGCAUCGAAAUCUGUCCCGCGUCUCUUGAAACGAUCAAGAUCAACCGCGGUAAAAUUUCUUUUGAUAAAGGUGCGGAGUUUCGUAACCUCGUUGAUUUAGAUCUAUGCGUCGUCGAAUGGCCGCUGCUCAGCAUGUUUUCGUGUGAGUUCCCAAGCCUCAAACGCUUGACUCUUUACGAUUGUUAUGGACUCAAUGAAGAAUCGUCGCGUUGGUGUAGAUUCCCGAGUCUUGAGUUCUUGAAAAUCUUCGAUUAUUGUGGAUUCGAAGAAAUCCAGAUAGUUAUCGAUGCACCAAACAUACUAUAUUUUGAAUAUCGAGGGAACUGUAUCCCAUCAAUCUCGCUCGUAACAAAUUCCAGGGACUGGAAGUCAAAAAUAUACCUAUGCGAAUGUCCUUUGUCGUUACUCAAGCUAAAUGAACUGCUCAAGUCAUUAAGCCAGUCGAAAAUUUUUCUGAUGAUAGAUAAUCCUUACCUAAUUCUAGACAACGGUUAUAAUAAACCCGUUUCGGUGGAGAGCUUGAACUUGGAUUGUGGUUGUGAUUUAUCUUACUUUUCAUCUUUUUUGAAUGACGUGUUUUGUAUUUGCCGUCCAAGAAACAUCGGUUACUGCAACAACGACUACGGAGGAUCAGUGAUGCAAUUUGUCGGGUUUAUGUGGAGGAUUCUAAUCGAGAGAGAAAGUGAUCAGCUCUCGCAGUUGGUGUUACAAGAUUUGGAGGAAGCAAGCAUGGAGAUUAAGGAAUGGUAUGAAGAAGAAUGGCAUCGAGCACCUUUGUCGGAAUUUCUUAUAAACCACGUACGGUGUGAAGGUCCGAAAUGUCAAAGCCGCUUCACACUGAAAUGGAGAGAAACUUCGUGA